AUGAAAGAGAUACACGUGCGUCGGUCUUCAGAAUAUGGAUGCUCAAACAAAAUAUUCCUUAAUGCGAGUCAGUUUGAACACAGAGGUCCAUUAAAAAUUGAAAAUGAAAAACUUGAUCUCGAGAAGAUCGAUGAAGAAGAAAGUUUUCGUCCAGCAGAAAAACAUUUCACUUUUUCUGAUCAACACGAGGUAUUUGAUAUCGGACCAGAAGUUGAAAUUGUCUCAUAA